GGAACUGUCACCGAAGUGUUGGCAACACUGAAUUAAAGUGCAUUGUCGGCAAGCGGCAGAUUUUUAUUUGUGGCUUUUUCCUGGACAAAAAACCUAAUUAAAAGCAUUUCCGGUCACCUCAUUUCCACCUUUAUAGGUGAUUUGUAGUGAAAAAGCUGCAACAGCACGUGAAAAUUGUGCAUUUAACCAUGGAAGAGAUCAAAUCAAACAUCUCUAAUAUUUUUGACCAACUCCUGGACACUUCAUCCAUUCCCAUCCCCAAGAGAUUGAGCUUUGACUGUCUGGAUGACUCCUUUGACGACAAACGUACUUCCAAGCGAAAAAUCACAUCCGGAGAUUCAAAUUGCGAGAAGAGGCGACGGGAUGAGUCACCAAAUUCAAGUUUGGGCAGUAUGAACAAUUCUGCUGUGCCUCCCAUGAGUCCAUGGCAGGUGAAGAUACUCAAAGCUGACCUCCUGGCAGCCAAUGCAAAUGUAACUCAGCUGCAGAAUGAGUUGGAGCAGCAGCACAUGCAGCGUAGGAAUAUUGAAAAGGAUUACACGUCGAAGGUGGAUGGUUUGAAGGAUCAGGUGGCAUAUUUCAAGAACAAGACACAUGAGUGUGAGAAGCACUUGGGGGUUUUGCGAAAGAGGGAAGCUAUAGCCAAGGAGGAUCUUGUGAGAUGUCGCAAUGAGCGAAAAUCUGAGAGACUUACCUACGAGGAUACGAUACAUUCCCUCCAGAAGAAGCUGACAGCAGUCGAAGAGAACUUCCGGAAGUCCAGCAAUGACUACAACAAUGAUGUUAGUGAUCUCAAUCGGCAACUGAGUGAGGUUAUGCAGAAUCUAACGAGUGUGGAGGAAGAGAAUUCGAGGUUGUUUGAGUUGAAUGAGUCUCUGCAGCAGAAUAUGAAGAAAUUCAAGGAAUUGGAGGCAUCACUCGAAGAGGAAAAGCAGAAAAAUCAGUCAGCUACCAUGAAGAUCAAGGAGCUGGAGUAUGAGAUUGCUGGAUAUGGAGAAUGGAAGGAUAUGUCGUCUUCAUCGUUGGCAAGACUUUCCCAAUUGGCAGAUCUGGAGAAGGAGCUGCCACGCCUUCGGACUGACAACAAGAACCUCCGGGAUGCCAUUGGGAAUAAGUUGUUGCUGGAGGAGCAAGUGUAUGACCUGAAGAGUCGUUUGGAGAAGAGUGAGAAGAACAAUGUUGAUGCUAUUGAGAUGAAAAUUCGUCUGGGAGACUUGGAGAAGGAAUUGGCUACAUGGACAGCCAUUGCUGUUGAUCACUGUCCACAGAAUCAAUCACCGACUGCUGCCAAUCUUCGCCGGAGGAUUGAGGAGAUUCUGCAGAAGGAUGUGGUUCUGGUGAGUGAGAGGAACAAAAGUAAAACCGAAAGGAAUUCCCUGGAGUCUCAGUCCCAUGAGACUCGGGCUCAGAAUGAGGCUCUACUGAAGGCAAAUGCCGAGCUCAAGAGUAGCCUGAAGAAUCACCAGGUGAUCUGUCAUCGUCUCCAGAAGAAGAUGCUACUCCUGGCCAAGGAGCGCGAUUGCUAUAAACAAUUGAUUGAGAACUACGAGAAGGAUUUGACAAUUUCUGGGCCUCCGGGAGCUCUUGGGGCAACGCCAGAGAAUCAGCUGAGAUUGCGAGUGGAAAUGCUGGAGAAAACCGUGGCUGGAUACAAGGAAAUGUGUAGCAAUCUCGAAAAAGAUCUACAAGUGGCAAAAGCAUCUCCGGAAACAGGGCUCAGUGGAGCUACGCAUGAGAAUCUGAGGAGGGAACUGACUGAGGCUCGGAUGGAGAUUGAACGUCUGAGACGGCGCAGGGAUGAGCUGGAGCUGGAACUUGAACAUCGAAGCCUCAAAGGGGAUUUCAAUGCGGACAAAUACAAAGUUGUGCAUAUGUCCAUAAAUCCAGCUCAGACAGCCCAUGAGAAUCAUUUACAGGAAGUCGAGAAGCUCCAAGCUGAAAUUGAGCGUCUCAAGAGGAAGAUCCGGAAGUUGGAAGAGGAUCAUGAGAAUAUGACAAUGCGAAUGAAUGAAUCAAAUAUAACGAUGAAUAUGAAAGAAAUGAAUACGUUGCGGAGUCAAUUGGCUAGCCUGGAGUCAAAGAAUCAACAUCUCAAAGAAGUCUACAAGGCGGCAAGUCAGGAAUUCCGGGAAGUUUGCUAUAUGCUCUUUGGCUACAGAGUCGAUAGGACGGGCAGUACAAAUUACCGCAUUUCGAGCAUGUAUGCUGAGAAUGAGGAUGAUUUUCUCAAUUUCCGACUCAAUGAGAGCGGUGUGCUGGACAUGCUCGAAACAGAAUAUUCAAUAUCACUUCGGGAUAUGAUGCGAACUCACUUGGGUGCUCAUAAUUCACUCCCAGCAUUUCUCAGUGCACUCACAAUGGAUCUCUUCAAUCGCACCACUAUUUCCGUCUAAAACCCGCGACAAUUGAAUACCCACGAGAGAGACAGAGCGCACGACGGAUCAUGAAGGUAAAUUUGUCUAAAUUGAUUUCAUUCAAAUUGUGUUUAAUUUCUUUAUAAAUCAACCAACACACUUACCCAAUCGUGACAUAUUUACAAUCUGGACAGAUAUUUGUAUCCAAAAAAAUAAUAAUAAUUCAAGAAAAACUAUAUCAAUAAACUUUUUUUCUCAA